AUGUCAAGACCAGGCCUGCGGCAGAGGCCCUUGAGGGACUCAGCAGCAGCAGCAGCAGCUGCUGCUGCAGCAGGAGGUGGAGCAGCAGCAGCAGCACCUGUUGCAGCAGCACACCACCAGCAGCAGCAGGACAGCUCCACUGUUGAGCCGCCUGCACUGCGACAAACGAAGCAGCGAGCAGCAGCAGCAGCAGCAGCUGCUGCUGCAGCAGCUGCCGCUGCAACAGCAGCAGCAGCAAAUGUCGAGCCUGCUGCAGGAGCUGCCGCUGCUGGCGGGUCACAGCGCAGCAACAGCAGCAGCAGCGGGCAGCAGGUUGCUGCUGCCCCUGCUCGGCCCACUGGAGCAGCAGCAACGACACGAUCAGCGACAGCAGCCGCAGCAGCUGCUGCAGCGGCAGCAGCAGCAGCCGCAGCAGCAGCAAAUACAGGUAAUGCAGCAGCACCACCACCUCGACGACCAGCAAAUACCCGCAGCGCAGCAGCAGCAGCAGCAAAAAGUUCGCCUAAUGUCCAGCGUGCAGCAGCAGCAACAGUAGCAGCAGCAGCAGAUGGCGGACUUGCUGCUGCAUCAAGACGUAGCAGCAGAAGCGGUGCUGCAGCAGCAGCCGCAGCAGCAGCAGCAGCCGCAGCAGCAGCAGCAGCAGCGCCGCCUGCCUCCGGUCCUGCUGCUGCUCCUGCAGAUGCUCCGCAGCUGCGUUCUCCACGAAAUGCUGCUGUUGCUGCUGCUGCAGCAAUUGCAGCUGCAGCAGGAAACCCCUCUGCAGCAGCAGCAGCACGUGCUGCUGCUGCUCCUGCUGCAUCUCCACGUACAGGAGCUGCAGCAGGUGCAGCGGCAGCUACGCAAGAGAAGGCAAAAACAGCAGCAGCAGCAAACCCUGCAGGGACGUCAGCAGCAGCAACAAAAGGAGCAGGAGCAGCAGCAAUAGGAAACAAAGAUGCACCGGCAGCAGCAGCAGCAGCAGCAGCAACACCAGCAGCAGGAGGUGCAGCAACAGAUAGCAAUGUCCGAAGAAAUGGCCCUGCAGCAGCAACGCAAACAGCAGCAGCAGGAACAGCAGCAGCAGCAGCAGCAACACCAACCGCAGCAGCAGCAGCAGCAGCAGCAGCAACACCGCUGCAAAAGGCUCGACCUUCCGCUCCGAGCACAUCGAGACGAGACUCAAGACAUAAAUGGCGAGGAGGUGAUUCAUCAACAGACGGUGCAGCAAUAACAGCAAUUUGCUGCGGCGGUCGUUGCUGCUGCUGCGGCAUUGGAUUGUCUCUUAAGGAAUAUAGGAUACAGUGUGCUGUAUGCAGCAGCAGCAGCGACAGCAGCAGCAGCAGCAGCAGCAGCAGCAGCAGCAGCAGCAGCAGCAACGAUGGUGUUAGCAGCAGCAAUAAGGAGAGUGGGAAUGCUGAAACCACCACCACCACCAGCAGCAGCAGCAGCAGCAGCACCAUCAACAGCAGCAGCAGCAGCAGCAGCAGCAGCAGCAGCAGCAGCAGCAUCAACCCUCCUACGACAACCCCGUCUACUACAAACAUAACGAGCCGCAUGAACAGUAACAGCAACAGCAUCAGCAGCAGCACCACGAUGAGCAGCAGCAGGAGUAUCAACAGCAGCAGCAUGAGCAGCAGCAUGAGCAGCAGCAGCAGCAGCAGCAGCAGCAGCAGCACGAAUGUAAUGAUUUGCCUAAAAUGUUUCUGUCGUGGCGUUGAGACAAACAAACAUAAAAAUAAUCAUUCGUACUUUAUAAGAGGACCUAAUACACAAGAAUUAUUCGCAUUAUAUUGGACAGCUGAUGAAGAGUUGACUCUCCUCGAGGCAAUCGCUAAAUGCGGACUUGGAAAUUGGAAUGAUGUAGCUGCUGCAGUGAAUAGAGCAGCAAUAAAGCCAAAGAGUAGGCAGCAAUGCGAAGCACAUUAUACAGAAAUAUAUUUAGAUACUAAUGCUAACCCUAUUCCUUUAUGGCAGCUGCAGCAGCAGCAGCUGCUGCUGCUGCGUAAUUUCUUACAGCAGCACGAACAACGUAUGCAGCACCAGCAGCAGCAGCAGCAGCAGCAAGAUCAAGAUCAAAAAGGAGAGGGAAAUAAUGAUGGGAAACAAGACGGCGGAGGGGACAAACCAGCUGCAGCAGAUGCAGCAGCAGCAGCAGCUGCUGCUGCUGCUGUAACACCAGCAGCAAGUGCAGCAGAUGCAGCAGCAAGCACGCCGACAGCAGCAGCAACUGCACCCGCAACAUCAGCAGCACCAGCAAAAGAGGGAACACCUGCAGCAGCAGCAACAGCAGCAGCACCAACGGAUGCACCACCAGCAGCAACAGAAGCAGCAACAGCAGCAACAGCAGCAGCAGAUUCUGUCAAGGAUAGUACUAGUGUAACUGCACCUGCCAAGACACCGGAAAGUGCAGCAACUGCAGCAGCACCAGCAGCAGAAGCAGCAACAGCAGCACCAACAGCAACAGCAUCAGCAGCAUCAACAGCAGCAGCACCAGCAGCAACAGCAGCAGCAGCAGCAGAAGAUGUGAGCGAAGACGAGUUGCUGCUGCGUGAGUUGGAUGCAGCGGCAUUCGGUCCAGCAGCAGCAGCAGCAGCUGCAGCAGCAACAACAGCAACAGCAGCAGCAGCAGCAGAAGAAGAAUCUGUUUCCUUAAUAGAGCUGCAGCAAGCAGCAGGAGAAUUACAUCCUCCAUGGAUUCCUGCUGCUGUUACCUUCUCCCCCCAACACCAACUUGUACAAGGGUUCGUCUAA